AUGCCUAAGGUUAAGAGCUACACGGCUCCGUGGCUGUCCCAUGGCCCGGGCCGCAGCUUGUUCACGCCCUCGAGCGAUUCUAAGGCGCUGAGUGCGCCGUCGCUUUCUUCGAAGAAGAAGAGUACCGCCGGACCGAGACGUACAGUUGCCAGGAGAGGCACUGAGGUUUUUGUUGCCGUCGGUAAGGAACUGAGAUGGGGUGACCUGGCGUAUUUGAAGGAGAAAUGGUCGACGAAAUACGCACACCGUCGGAUGGGCAGCCGCGUAAAGCGGGAAGAUUCGACCCAAAAUUUCGAAGAUGCGAUUCCUUCUACGGAAGAGGCGGCCACGGCGCAGGGUUUCCGGACCAUCAAGAUCCCCGUCGCGGACGACAUUCGACAGCUCGUCAUCUCCCCGAACUCCGACUAUCUCGCCAUUCUGACAACGCACACCGUUCACAUUUGCGUGGUCCCCGAUUCUUCACAUCUCACUGCCGAGGAUACCAGCCCCUUGCGACCGAAGAUCUGGACUUUGGGACCUACAACCCAUGUUACCUCUCGCUCGUCUGUUGCCUCGGCGAUCUGGCAUCCGCUUGGUGUAAAGGGAUCUUGCUUGGUCACCAUUACGGCUGAUGCUAUCGUCCGCGUGUGGGAGCUCUCUCUCACCGACCGUUGGUCUUUUGACUCGCCUACUCUGUCGAUUGAUUUGAAAAAGCUUGUGGACGGCACGACGUUGGAUCAGGACUUUACGGCAUCUACGGCUGCUACAAAUGCUAGUUUCUCGCAGUAUUCUCUGGAAAUGCAGGUCGCUUCGGCGUGCUUUGCCGCUCGCGGUUCGGGGGGUUGGAGUCCCAUGACUCUCUGGAUCGCUAUGAGGGAAGGUGACGUCUACGCGUUGUGCCCCCUGCUGCCUCAAAAGUGGGCACCGCCCCCGACUCUCAUCCCGUCGCUGUCGGUAUCCAUCGUCUCCAAGGUGGCCGCCUUAGAAGAUGACCCUGCUGUGUCGGAGAAGGAUAAGCUCCUCGCCCAGCAACAGCUUGAGUGGAUGGGCGACUUGGACACCCAAGAGCCACAAGUCCUUGACAACGCCCCUGGAGAGCAGCCGGUGGAGAUUUACACGCGCCCCUCUCGACCAGGUGUUGUGCCAAGAUUACAAGGUCCUUUCGAGUUCGAUGCCGAUCCCGAGAGCGAGGACGUUUUGGACGGCUUGCUGACCGACAUCACCGUGAUCGGUAAGAAAGUUGAGACCGACGACCUUAUGAUGGGCGAAGAGGAGGACUUGGACUUUGACGACGGGGAUCAGGAGGGUCUUUCUCUGUCCGUCGUCUGUUUGCUCUCUACGACCGGCCAGGUCCGAGUCUUGUUGGAUUUGGAAGGCAUUGAAGCUCAGUGGCUACCACCGCGCAACAAGUCCAGGCUCGGACGCCUGCUGUCAGCCGCCGACCCGCCGUCGCUGUUGACCUUUCAAUCUAUUGACACCUUGAGUCCCAAGGAAGUCAGCGAUGACGCGUGGCCGACCUUCUCAUCGGAUGCCAUGUCACGGUACUCGCUCUUUGUUACUUCACACGCCGGCAUCACUUUUCUUUCUCUUUCUCCUUGGGUUUUCCGUCUCGAGGGAGAGCUCUCGGGUGAGUCCGAGGCGGGCUCUGACUUCCGUCUUGGCCUUCUUGUCAAUGGGCAGAACUCUAUUAGAGAGAGGCUCUACACUCAGUCCUCGAGCGACGUCGCCGUGCCCCUCGCCGCGUGUGUCGCCAUUCGUGACCCGGAUCUCGGGUAUUUUCUCCUCUCGGCUACUCCGUACGAAACGAUCGCUCUAACCUUCGAAACACCCGAGGACGAAUUCACCCCGAUCCGCCAUGAGACACCCUACGAAGAGAAGCCUGCAGUAAUGGAACCCCUGGACUUUUAUGAGCCUCGUCCAGCUUUCCAGCCGUCGCAUACUUUUGACCAGCAGUCAGACCUCCCUGAGCUGAUCAACAGACUCCGCAGCUCGCGCCAUAAGACAAUCGUGAACCAAGAAAUCCGCUUGUCUCCGGUGACUCUGCAGAUCCUGACUGAUGCUCAUCGCAUCCUGGGCGAGGAUACCUACCGUCUGGGCACGGCCGUGGCUGAGAUUUUCCGCCGCUGCUCUACGCUGCAAGACGAACUCAGAGAACAAAUUAAGAAGGCCAAUGAGGUUAAGGAGAAGAUUGACAAGAUUGCGGGUAACGAGAAGGAUGGGGAAGGCGAAAGCGACGAGGUCAGGUUCGAGCGGCGCAUUGCGGAGGCACAAGAGCGACAGAAGAGAUUGAACGAGAGGCUCGAGGGCGUCCGAAAAUACGUCGGCAAGGCUGCCACGCGUGAACUCAGCGCUAAGGAGAAGGCGUUCGUGGAGGAAGUCAAGAGCAUGGAGGCCAGCGUGCUGGGAUCAUCGGCAAGCAGUCCGGGAGCGAAGCAACAGAAGCUUCUCAAGAAGCGAUUCGAGGACGUGCAGCGAUUACGGGAUGAAUUGGUUGCAGAGGUGGAGCGCAUACAAAAAACAAGCGAGGGCAAAGACGGCCAGGAAUCCCCAUCCAAGUCAUCAGAGCUCAAGAUCCCAUCAGAGAUCCGCAAGGCCAAACUCCAACAGGUAAUGGGACUCUUGUCUAGAGAGACGGCUCUCGUAGAGGCGGUCACCGCUCGUCUAGAGCGCCUCCAGACAUAG